UCGAAUUCAUUGCAAUGAAAGGAUACAUAUGUUUCAAAUAUGCGUUUAUAGUUGUUAAUUGGUUAGUGAAUUUUAAUUAAAUUAAUUUCCAUGUGUGGAAAAAAAUUGAAUAUUGAAAUGUUAGAUGUACACUGUAUACCGCCGAGUAAUUUUUGCGUGGAGUUGAAUGACCUCUUCUAUAAUUUAAAUACUCGUAUUCCUUGCUGAAGCUGUUUCACUGGUUUCCUAUAAUAGAAUAUAUCGUUGAGAAAAUUAGGUAGGCCUGUGCUUUACUCUUUUUACAAAUUUCCAUUUGUCAAUGAAGAAAUCCGAGGAGCAAGUUGGAAAGACAGACACAGCAUGGAUUGAGUAAGACUCAAGUACUUAUUGCUAUACCAGCUUACUCUUCCAUUCGACACCACUCAUUCUUUUAUUGGUAGGUGUUGGUAAAACAAUAAUUAUUCAACGUAAUAUGUAGGUACUUAAUUGUCCACUCCCAAGCGGCAUCACACUUGCUACUGUGCACUACCAAUAACAACUCGUACUCGUACACUGUAGAGUGUAGGUAUGAUUUAUCUUCGUGGGACAAUAAUGGAAAUUUCUGAAUUUUUACGAUUGUUUUCUCUAACACUUUAAUUGUUCGCAUCGAGUGAAGUAUACCUGCGAGAAAGAAGUUGAUUUAGAAGAAAGGAAAAUGAGCACGAAACUUUUACUUUCUUGCGUGUGAAUUUUUUGCAGCGUUUUUUUUCUGCGAUAGUUUGAUGCAAUUUAUCCUCGACUGAAGCCACACCAGCAAUCCAAUUAUUAGGCCUAUUUCUUAAAACAAUAAUCAUUAAUAAGUUGACUAAGUAUUAUAUACCUAAGGUUUUCAUUCGUCAAUAAAGAAAUGUGUACAACGAGUUGGAAAAAGACAAUGCUGGAAUUAUGUGAGAUUAGAAAAUGUACGGGUUGUUACUGGAAAACUUUGCGGAAUACGUUAAAAGCGUAUAUGGCGAAGAAAAAUGGGAAGAAAUUAGAAGAAAAGCCUGCGUUGAACAGCCGAGCUUCAGCGUGCAUCAGGUUUAUUCGGAAUCCUUAAUUCCUAAAUUAGCCAGGAGUGCGAUGGAGGUAUUAAAUAUUAGCGAGAGAGAAUUUUUCGAUCGAUUAGGGGUCCAUUUUGUCGGUUUUGUAAGUCAAUAUGGAUACGAUCGAGUACUUUCUGUGUUAGGAAGGCAUAUGCGAGAUUUUUUAAAUGGUUUAGAUAAUUUACACGAAUAUUUAAAAUUUUCCUAUCCUAGAAUGAGAGCUCCCUCUUUUAUAUGUGAAAACGAAACCAGAGAAGGGUUAACGUUACAUUAUCGAAGUAAACGAAGAGGAUUUGUGUAUUACGCAAUGGGACAAAUCAGAGAAGUGGCCAGACAUUUUUAUAAUAAGGAAAUGGAAAUCGAAUUGGUGAGAGAGGAAAUCCUAUUUGACACUGUUCAUGUCACUUUUCAAUUAAGAUUCGACAACAGAGCUUUCACAUUAGCGUGUAUGUCAAUGACGAGAGAAGAAAAACAUUUACCAAUAAGCGCCAAUGUAUUAUUUGAAAUAUUUCCGUUUUGUAUUGUAUUCAGCUCAGAUAUGGUGAUUCGAAGUAUCGGUAAUUCUUUAAUGGUCAUCCUGCCCGACCUAGUAGGAAAGAAGAUAAACAACUGGUUCGAUUUAGUUCGUCCUCUAAUUGCUUUUAAAUUUCAAAAUAUUUUAAACCGCACAAAUAAUAUUUUCGAGCUCGUAACCGUCGAACCAGUACUAACAAAAAGGCCUUCCGAUCGUUCAUUAGAUUCGAUUAUAAUGAGUGAUGAAUCAGACGGCGGCCCAGACGAUAGGAAAUUAAGACUCAAAGGUCAAAUGAUCUAUAUGGACAAUUGGAGGAUGAUGAUGUAUCUAGGAACACCAGUGAUGCCAGAUUUGAAUUCAUUAAUAAUUACCGGUCUUUACAUUAACGAUUUAUCGAUGCAUGAUUUCAGCAGGGACUUAAUGUUAGCAGGAACGCAGCAAUCAGUCGAAUUGAAAUUGGCUCUUGAUCAAGAACAACACAAAUCCAAAAAGCUAGAAGAAUCGAUGAGAAAAUUAGACGAGGAAAUGAAACGAACAGACGAACUACUUUAUCAAAUGAUACCGAAACAAGUGGCCGAUCGAUUGCGAGCUGGUGAAAAUCCAAUUGAUACUUGUCAGAUGUUCGAUACAGUAUCGAUAUUAUUUUCGGAUGUGGUCACAUUUACUGAAAUUUGUAGCAGGAUUACUCCCAUGGAAGUAGUAUCUAUGUUGAAUGCAAUGUACUCUAUUUUUGAUCAGUUGACUGAACGAAAUAAAGUUUAUAAAGUAGAAACGAUAGGUGAUGCUUAUAUGGUUGUGUCCGGCGCUCCUGAGAGAGAAAAAAAUCACGCAGAGAAGGUUUGCGAUAUGGCAUUGGACAUGGUAGAUGCAAUUACUGAUCUCAAAGAUCCUUCCACUGGAUUACAUUUAAAAAUCAGAGUGGGCAUUCAUUCGGGCGCGGUUGUGGCCGGAAUAGUUGGUCUAAAAAUGCCUCGCUAUUGUUUAUUCGGUGAUUCUGUGAAUACAGCUUCGCGAAUGGAAUCGACUAGCGAAACUAUGAAAAUUCAUAUUUCUCAAUCUACCAAAGAUCUCAUUUCUUCCGAAUAUCACGUAGAAGAACGAGGCGAAGUACAAGUGAAAGGAAAAGGCAAAAUGAAGACAUAUUGGCUAAUAAAACACGAGCAUCGACCACCUGUACCGAGAAUGUUGGCGGAUGAUGAAUUCCUCGAGAAUAACAUCGAACCUGAUCAUCCACUACCGAGUACGUCGUGCAGCAGCGAUAAAGUUCACGGCGAUGAAAAAGAUAAACGAAUUUAUUCUCCGAUUACAUUUCAUGACGUGAGAGCACGUUUUUCAAUAUCCGAAGUGCCCGUUAAUAAUAAUUUAAAUAAAACAAAAGAAAACCGAUCCAGCUCGCUUGGAGCAGUCGCUCUGAGCCAAACUAUGCUCGCAGGAGGGAGAACAUUCGGCCUAAAUAAAACAGCACCAACGUCUCCGAUAGAUUCGCAUCUCUCGUCGACGCAAAACCAAACAAAUAUAUUUUUGAACCAAGUCAUGACUUAUCAAAGCAGUCCUGAAAAAGAAACGCCCAAGAAAACACCAGAAAAGGACAAACCUGCCGUUGUGACUGCAGCGAAAAAAGUAAUCGCCGAAACUGGCUCAAGCAACUCGUUACCUACUCCUCAAAAACUGCUUCGUCAGCAGAAGGAAGUCAGCAAUAGCGAUAAUAGUUUAAAUCAGGUACAAUGCUGCACAAAACGCUCUCUCAGAUCGAAAUCGAGGAAAUCCUCCUGUCGCGUAUGUUGAGACUUGAGAGCCUGCUGAUUAUAAUGAAAGAAGUGAAAACAAAUUACAAGAAAUGGAUCUAGUCAUUGCCAUAAAAUAUAAGUUCGAAAGUUGCAUUUUAGAAGAUAAGAGAUGCUUUUAGAGCAGAUUUUUUUGCUGCUCGUGAUUACCUGAGCGGAAAUUAAAAUUUCCAUUAUUAUAAGCGAACGAUUUAUCUGCGAUGGAUUGAUCUAUUACGCGUACCUACCUACCAACUAGUUGGAAAAUUGCUGAAAUCUCCAAUUAGAAUUUUUUUUUCUUUGUUUGUUUCAUGUAGAUAACAUGUUUUUAUUUACAUAUUUAGCCGUAUCCCUACAUUACAUAUAAAUAUUUCAAAUUUUGUACAUAUCGAAAUACCUACUACUAAACAAAAAUGUGUGAUUGCAAUGCGCUUCGAGAUAGAAUUAUGUUUGAUAUAUUUUUAAAUUUUGAUAACAUGCCAUUUUGAAAACAAAAUUACUUGGUAGAUACUUAUUACCAAGAAUUUAUAUAGUUCUUCCAUUAUGAAAGAUUACUCGAUAUUUUACACAACGUAGAUAUUACUGUAACAUUAUUUAAAAUUUGUUUCUAAUAAAACAUUACACAUUUACAUGCUAAAAAA